CGCAAGUCCUGUCUCUUAUUUACUUACAUAUAUUUUCUCUCUUACUUUUAUCGGGUGUUCAAGCACUGUGUGAACAGCUGCCAGAAGAGAGGUAAAUAAACUGACACACUAGGGGCCGCGUCCGCUCAUUACGGCUACAAUGGUUCUGAACCAUUUGUGUGGAGCGACCGUAGCUCGCAGUGUUGUGACGGCCGUGCUGGCCGCCUCUGUCCUGAGUACUGUCACCCUCAGUGCCCUCGCUGGUCUCGGACUCGUUCCUUUCAGACACUCAACUGCCAGUGUGUCUGCCACACUGGCCACCUGCGUCACCCCGGCCGCCUACACCUUCAGUAUCUGGGCCGUCAUUUACACGGCUCUUGUCCUCAUAGUCAUGUAUGCGAUUGCUUUGUUGUUUCUGAAAGUGGGUGAGGUGAAGGCAUGGAGGCUCGGAGGUGCAGUGCCCACCUCGUCCCUGCUCACAUUGGUCAUCAGCCUCAACCUCAUUGUUGGAUGGCUCUUUGCCUGGGAUGCCAUCGAUGUCACAGGCUCGUCCAUCAUCCUCUGGCUCAUUGCAGUGUCUAGUGGCAUUGCAGUGUCCUUAAGUGCCAACAGCUUUGCGAAAGAUGCUCCAAGUCUUUAUAAAAAAUCCAAGUUUCACUUCUGGUCUGGGAUUUUGGUUAUCAAUGGCCUAGCACUUUAUAACACCUGGACUGCCAUUGCUGCCAUCAUCAGUCGCAACAUUUUCUACGAGUAUGAGAUUGACCUGAAUAGCAACACAAUUUGCCUGUUUGAGCUAAUCAUCCUUCUGGCACUCUUCGUUGGCUGGUUCAUACUAGAGAACACAAUCCUCAUACUGUAUGCCAACCCUCUCAUCAUCCACAACAUGGUGCUGUUGUGGGCAGCCGUCGGCAUUUAUAUAGAACAGAAGGACUUGGCCAGCACAGAGGAGUUAACUCUGAUGAUCAUUACCAUAGCAACGGCUUCCGUCCUGAUUGUGACCCGCAUUGUCAUUCUUCUCUACAGAAACAAAAAUAAUGCAAUCUACAAUAAUACUGCUAUGGUACUGGAAUAGUUGGUGUUAAGACAGCACGCCUAAUACAGAAUGCCUCAAGUUACCCUUCAAGUAACUAUCAUAGCAAAAAUUUGCCUUCACUGCUACAGUAGUUCUACACCCGAUAGAUUAUGCCUGCAUUUAUACAAAAUUUCAUUGUAAUUGUGAUCCUGUUUUUCAUUGAUUGUAUAAUACCACUGAAUUUAUAAAAUAUGAUCAUUUAAGCUAGCUACAUGUUCAGUUUGUUGGAUGAUGUGUGUGGCACUCAACUCUAGCCAAUAAAGUGGAUAUUCUUGCCCUUGUAUACACUUGAGUGAAUAAAAUAUUCCA